AUGGUAUUAGACGACAAAUUCAUCGGUAGACAUCAAUGGGAAAACGUUGAGCAGACACCCAUGCCCAAGGAUAUCCCCGACGUCGACGAAGUCGGGGCCACCUCCGCUCCAUUACUCUCCGCAUCUUACUUCAUUGGUGCCAAGUGUAAGCCAUACAACGACGAUUUCAUGUUGUGUAAGGACGAAAAGAACGGUGGAUCCGUGGAGUGCUUAAAGGAAGGAAGAAGAGUCACAAGAUGUGCUAUAGAUGUCUUGAAGCAGUUGAACAAGCACUGUUUCGACGAGUUCAAGUUGCACUACACCUGUCUCGAGCAGGAAAACCACAGAUUGGGUAACUGUAGAAAGGCAGAACAGAUCUUCAACAAGUGUGUUUUCACCCACUUGAACUUGGAGAAGAAAAUCCCAGAAGUCAAGGAACAGAUUCACUUGAAGGAGAGCAAGAUUUUCCACGGUAAUGGUGCUGAUGCCGGCUUGGUGAAGGCAUUCUUGGCUAAGAAGGAAGAACCAACCAACUAG